UAAACCCCUCCGUCCCUUGUACGGUAGAUGCUAUUCUGGUUGCUUCUGUAUCAACUAAAUAGAUGGCCUCUACCAGACCAUUGACGGUGUUCCUGGCAGCUUCUGCUAGGUUUCUAACAGCUGUAUGCAACCUGAAAACAAUAAUCUUUACCUGCAAUGGCCACAACCAAACUCCUGUUUACCAAAUUGAACCCUUCUCUUUUUCGACUAGCUGGCAGGUACUUGGACCUUUCCAGUCGGGAACGCGAGAAUCUGUCUGGGGUGCAGACCCAUUAGAGCACCGGGGCGGGUUUCGUAGCUUGAUCUAUGAUCCAGAAGAGACUUUUUCAAGCUCUCUUUCCACUAAUGCAUCAGUUGGAUGGAAACUCGUGACUGCGGAUAUCUCAAGCUCUUCCAGAGGACAAGCGAAGGUUACCCUUCAAUUGAGUUUUCCAGAAAUUGAUUGGGGUUUUCUGCAGUCUGUAUAUGGGUGGCCUGCUUUACAGUACCAGGCCUGGGCGCGUGGUUUUCUGGAAGUGAAUGGGAAAACCAGCCAGACGAUCGCCCUCUAUACCAGCGGUCUGCUGGAGUUCUGGGUGGACAAUAGGCAGUACUUCGGAGGAGAUUACUAUCGCUACCGCAGGGCACCAAUUAUCCUGAGAUUGUCGCCUGGUCAUCAUGCCAUUGACCUACGCUUGAUUCGUGAUGUCAGGGCACUGGGCGCGGUCGGAGAUCCUAUUAUUGAUGUGGCCAUCGAAGCAGAGGCGCGUAAUGACCGUCUCCAUGUCGAUGAAAGUAGUCUUCUGAUAUCGGAGACAAUUAGAGGGAAGCUCGGGGGCACUGUGGCCUCGAUUAAUGUCCAAAAUAACGAGGUUGAAUGGACUGAAAUAGUUUCCAUCAGCUCGCCUGAUGCCCCGCAGCAUGGUUUAUUCCUGGAAAAGCCGUUGCACUUAUCAUCGUACCAGGCUCGGCCUCUUAUAUUCAAUGUUAUACUUGGCCAGCUGUCAGAAUCUAGGUUCUCAGUUGAAAUUUUGUACAGAGUCAUGGAUAAAGAUCGAAAACUGCUCAAGACGAGACCCUUCGACAUAUAUAUAACAGAAAAGCACUGGCCAGACACGCAGAAAAUUACAUUUCUUCACCCAGCAAAAGUGGUAUCCUACGCCAUACUGCGGCCUCCCCCGCUGGACUGCACCAUGUUGAACGGGCAGAGUUCGCUUCCUAUCAUUAUUUGCCUGCAUGGGGCUGGCAUUGAGGCAGAUAGCGCACAAGUACGGAGUAUGUUGGAUGCCGCACAUGGGACUUGCGCCUGGGUGUUGUUUCCUAGUGGUGUUACUCCUUGGAGUGGAGAUGACUGGCACAUUUGGGGGACUGCCGACGUCAAAGCUGCCAUAGCGGCAAUUUCCAACUGGAUAGAAAAUAUCGGCUGGCAUGGCCCGGGGGUCUUGUUGAGAGACUGGAUUGUCAUCGGACAUUCAAAUGGUGGCCAGGGAACAUGGUUUUUUUCCACUCACUUCCCAGAUAAUGUCGUCGCCGCCGCACCAGUCUCUGGAUAUUCCUCCAUUGAAAAUUAUGUGCCCUAUAACAUGUGGCAGAAUUGCGAGCCAUUGCUUUCAUCUAUGCUCCAGAAGGCAAGAAUUAGUUUCAAGCAUGAGUUACUGCUAGGCAAUAUCGUCGGUAUUCGGCUUCUUCAACAGCACGGAUCCAGCGACGACAAUGUCCCGGUGUAUAAUUCCCGUCUAAUGCGUGAGUUGCUGGAACAGACCGGAUGGCUGUCUGAAUAUCACGAAUUACCUGAAGGUGGCCAUUGGUCUGCAGAUGUUAUGACGACUCCUUGGCUCUUAGAUUUCUACAACAAGAGCGCUGUUAACCCUAAUCAUCCAGAUAUGCCUUUGGAGUUCACAGUCACGAUCCCAUCUUCAGGAUACAUGGAGUCCAAAUGUGGCAUAUUCGUCGACCAAUUGCGGUCGCCUGACAUUAACGGUCAGAUCAAAGUCACUAGGAAUCUAGAGCAAGGGAUCUGGCGUUUGCAGACACAAAACAUAUAUCGGUUUCACCUUUCAACCGGCACUUCUCGGAUUGGACUGCCAGCUGCUUUAAUGUUGGAUGACAUGCAGGAAGCAUUCGAUGUUGACGCAAGUACAUGCGAAACAACAUGGUACCUAAAGGAUACUUCUGGAACUUGGUCGGUUUCAGACGAUAUUAGUUGGCGGAACAUUAGCCAGAGAUAUGGUCGUCAACUUGGAGCGAUGGAUGCGAUCAUGAGCACGGAGGGGACUUUCUUAAUCGAUAUGUGUUCCAUUGGCAUUGAACACGUAGCCCUCCAGAUCAGUCGCAACCUCUUUCAGUAUUUCGGGGCCGAUUCCCAACUAAGUAGAGAAUGCGAUCCUGCUAGACGCACAUUCUCCCUCAGUGGACGAUCCGUUUCUGUGCUCGGUAAUGUCAUCACUCUCGCUAUAGGCGAUGAUCUACCUCCUCCGAAGUAUACUGGAUUCCCUAUUCGCAGUGACAGAGGUAGAUUGGUCUUUUCUCGACAGCCUUUCUCCAACUCCUUCGUCUUUGCAGCCGAGACGAUCUUGUCACCAAAUGGAAAAAUGUGCAGGCACAAGUACAAGAACGAAGCUAGUUUGGGUGCGCUGUUUCUUCGACCUCUACAGGAUGAACGGUUAGAGCUGGUGGUCUGGGGCGCAGAUGCAGCUGGCCUUGAACAAGCAGCUCGUCUUGUGCCUACCCUUACUGGUGUUGGGCAGCCUGACUUUUUGGUUAUGAGCAAAAGCUGCCGCUGGAGAGGCCCUGCUGGACUGUAUGCUGCUGGCUAUUUUGACAAAUCAUGGCAGAUCUCAACUGGCUCGUAUUUUCAUGGGGAUGCUGAAUGCUAGACAUCACACGUUUGUUGCGGGUGUCCCAGGUAGGUACAUCUGCUCGCUGCUACAAGAAACAAGGGUGCUAGAUGGUGAGGUGAUGUGGGGUGCUGCUCUCAUAUUACUGUGGAUACCAUCUACUGCUAUUCAGUAGAAGAGUAGCCAAGUUAUGUUCUCAGAUCUCUCUGCUAGCAUGCUUCUUCUGCAAGUUAAAUGAUGUAGGUACCCAAACAAGCGUGUCAGAUAUGACACUGAGAGUCAUAACUGAAUUCAAUACCUAUAUCAGACUUUCAUUGUGCAGUCUAAUAUCAAUAUCUCUCAUAUUUCAGGU